AUAAAGGCAUAAACCGAAAAACGCUGCUCUGUCAAGCACCGAUAUUCUUAUUGCUGCGGCCUGUUUUUGCUUUCUUUAACCAUGUGGCUUUUUGAUUUUAUGUGGAGUUUUGAGCUGAAGUUGCUUUUCUUGUUUAUUUUUCUGUUCAUCCUGAUAGCAGACUUUCUCAAAAACAGGAAACCUCCAAAUUUUCCUCCAGGACCACCAGCUCUCCCUUUGAUUGGGAAUAUCUUGAGUGUGGAUAGUAAACACCCACACAAAUAUUUCACCAAGCUGGCUGACGUCUAUGGGAAUGUCUUCAGUGUUCGCCUCGGAAGAGAAACAGAGGUGUUUUUGUCAGGGUAUAAGAUGGUGAAGGAGGCCAUAGUGACACAAGCUGAGAACUUUGUGGAUCGACCAUACAGUGCAAUUGGUGACAAGAUGUACUCUGGACUAUCAAACGGUCUUUUCAUGAGCAACGGUGAAACCUGGAAGAAACAGAGACGCUUUGCUUUGUCUACCUUACGCAACUUCGGCUUAGGCAAAAACACCAUGGAACAAUGUAUCUGUGAGGAGAUCAAAUACCUGCAGGAGGAGAUAGAGAAGGAGAAAGGUGGGCCUUUCAGCCCUGCAGGCCUCUUCAACAAUGCUGUAUCGAACAUUAUUUGCCAGCUGGUGAUGGCGAAAAGAUUUGACUACAGUGAUCACCAGUUUCAGACCAAGCUGAAAAGUCUGAACGAGGGGAUUUUACUGGAGGGGAGCAUAUGGGGUAUCCUCUAUGAGUCAUUUCCUGGGGUAAUGAAACACUUGCCAGGUCCUCACAACAAAAUCUUCAGCAAUUACGGGCACGCACAAGACUUCCUCAGUCAGGAAGUAGAUAAGCACAAGGAAGACCUGGACCACAACAAUCCCCGGGACUACAUUGAUGCUUUUCUAAUUGAAAUGGAGAAGCACAAAGAGUCCAACCUGGGCUUCAAUGAGACCAAUCUGGCUCUCUGCUCUCUGGAUCUUUUCAUAGCAGGAACAGAAACAACAUCCACCACUCUGAUGUGGGCUUUGGUCUACCUCAUCAAACACCCUGAUGUCCAAGAGAAAGUCCAUGCAGAGAUUGACAGAGUGAUUGGACAGACCCGCCAGCCCUCCAUGGCCGAUAGACCAAACAUGCCUUACACUGAUGCUGUCAUUCAUGAGGUUCAGAGGAUGGGAAAUAUUGUUCCUCUCAACGGACUCAGGGUGGCUGCCAAAGAUAUAACCCUGGGAGGUUAUUUCAUACCUAAGGGUACUUCCAUUAUGCCCAUGCUGACUUCUGUGCUGUUUGACAAGAAUGAAUGGGAGACUCCAGACACUUUUAACCCUGGACACUUCCUGGAUGCUAACGGAAAGUUUGUCAAGAGGGAAGCAUUCCUGCCCUUCUCUGCAGGGAAACGUGUGUGUCUUGGAGAAGGCCUCGCCAAGAUGGAGCUGUUCCUGUUUUUGGUGGGAUUAUUUCAGAAGUUCUCCUUCUCUGUUCCCGAUGGAGUAGAGCUGAGUACAGAAGGAAUUACUGGAACUACGCGGGUGCCUCAUCCCUACAAGGUUUAUGCUAAGUUUGCAGAGGAAUAUGGGAAUAUUUUUAGCCUUCAUCUCUUUGGAGAAAGGGCUGUGAUCAUUAAUGGCUACAAACAUGUGAAAGAGGCCCUGGUCCAACGAGGAGAAGACUUCACAGAUCGACCUAUUAUACCAAUGUUUGAAGAAAUAAUUGGAAAUAACGGCAAGUCUUUUAAUGGCCAGACACUGAUAAACAACGCUGUUUCCAACAUCAUCUGCUGCUUGGUGUUUGGGAAUCGAUUUGAAUACAAUGACAAGCAGUACCAGUCUAUUCUUCAGGGCUUGAAUGAUGUUGUGCGCUUACAGGGAGGUUUUACGACACAGGUGUACAACACAAUUCCUUGGCUGAUGAAGAGGAUACCUGGACCUCAUCAGGAGAUAUUUCGUGUGUUACAGAAGAUUAUUGACUUUGUUGAACUCAAAAUCAAAGAACACAGAGCGGACCUUGACCCCUCAUCUCCAAGAGACUACAUCGACUCCUUCCUCAUUGAGAUGGAAAAGACGGAGGACCAGGACUCAAGUUUUACCCUCAACAGUUUGUGUUUUUCCACCCUGGAUCUGUUCUUUGCUGGAACUGAAACCACCACAACUACUUUACACUGGGGGCUUCUAUACAUGAUCAACAACCCUGAUAUACAAGAGAGAGUCCAGGCUGAGAUAGAUGCUGUGAUUGGUUCAUCCAGACAGGUGUCUGUGUCUGACAAAGAAAAUAUGCCCUACACUGAUGCCGUCAUUCAUGAGAUACAGAGAAUGGGUGACAUCCUCCCUCUAAGUGUAGUCCACAUGACAAACAAGGACACCACACUGGACAAGUACACUAUUCCAAAGGGCACUAUGAUUAUACCAACACUUCACUCGGUCCUACAUGAUAAACAGAUGUGGGAGACUCCAUAUACCUUCAACCCUCAACAUUUUCUGGACCAGGACGGUAAAUUUAGGAAGAGGGAGGCUUUCAUUCCUUUCUCUGCAGGUCAGCGUGUCUGCCUUGGAGAACAGCUGGCCAGGAUGGAGUUAUUCCUCUUUUUCACCUCCCUCCUGCAGAGAUUUUCUUUCUCUGCACCUGCAGGGCAGCAGCCCAGUUUGGAGUUCAUGUUGGGAGGCACUCGCAGUCCCAAACCUUACCUCGUCUGUGCAAAACCACGUUAAACGUCCAGCCAUCCCAAAUUAAGAAUCUUAAGAGGACCACUAGAUUUAUUUUGCUAUGAAUAAAACCAAAAAUACCUGCUUAAGAAAUAGUGAUGUUAACAAUGUUCUUA